AAGAAAGAGGCGGGAACACCGCGAAGCCUAAGCAUUGGGCAGAACUGAGAGGCAAACUUCAGCGGAGGUGUUUGUCAUUCUCGGCAGGUGAUGGCGCCCCCCGCGGUCUAGAGGUUCAGCACCCGCGGUGAACUACUGACAGCCCUUGCGUUGUCUCCCACCGACAGUCCUGGGACCAGAGAAUAUGUUGGUGCGGCUAGCCAAGCCGUCGUGCCCGGCAUAUCAGUGCUUUCAUGCCUUAAAAAUUAAGAAAAAUCAUCUACCUGUGGGUCAUACAAGAUGGUCUUCAACUUCUGUUGUACCUCGAAUUACUACCCACUAUACUAUUUAUCCCCGGGAUAAGGACAAACGAUGGGAAGGAGUGAACAUGGAGAGGUUUGCAGAAGAAGCAGAUGUAGUUAUAGUUGGUGCAGGCCCUGCAGGACUCUCUGCAGCUGUUCGUCUAAAGCAGUUGGCUACUAAACAUGAAAAGGACAUCCGUGUGUGUCUAGUAGAGAAAGCUGCUCAAAUAGGAGCGCAUACUCUCUCAGGGGCUUGCCUUGAUCCACGUGCUUUUGAAGAAUUAUUCCCAGACUGGAAGGAGAAGGGAACAACAUUUGAGAGAGGACUAGAACUACAUGCAAAAGUCACAGUUUUUGCGGAGGGUUGCCACGGACAUCUAGCCAAGCAACUAUAUAAGAAGUUUGAUUUGAGGGCCAAUUGUGAACCCCAAACCUAUGGAAUUGGACUGAAGGAGUUAUGGAUUAUUGAUGAAAAGAAGUGGAAACCAGGGAGAGUGGAUCACACUGUUGGCUGGCCCUUGGACAGACAUACUUAUGGAGGCUCCUUCCUCUACCAUUUAAAUGAAGGUGAACCCCUGGUAGCCCUUGGUUUUGUGGUUGGUCUAGACUACCAGAAUCCAUAUUUGAGUCCAUUUAGAGAGUUCCAAAGGUGGAAACACCAUCCCAGCAUUCAGCCAACAUUGGAGGGUGGAAAAAGGAUUGCAUAUGGAGCCAGAGCCCUGAAUGAAGGUGGCUUUCAGUCUAUACCAAAACUCACCUUUCCUGGUGGCUUACUAAUUGGUUGUAGUCCCGGUUUCAUGAAUGUUCCCAAGAUCAAAGGUACCCAUACAGCAAUGAAAAGUGGAAUUUUGGCAGCAGAAUCUAUUUUUAAUCAACUAACUAAUGAAAGUCUCCAGUCGAAGACAAUAGGACUUCAUGUAACUGAGUAUGAAGACAAUAUAAAGAAAUCAUGGAUGUGGAAAGAGCUAUAUACGGUUAGAAAUAUAAGACCAUCCUGCCAUGGAGUACUGGGAGUAUAUGGUGGGAUGAUUUACACUGGAGUCUUUUACUGGAUAUUUAGAGGAAUGGAGCCAUGGACUCUAAAACAUAAAGGUUCAGACUCUGAUCAGCUCAAGCCAGCCAAGGACUGCACACCUAUCGAGUAUCCAAAACCCGAUGGACAGAUCAGUUUUGACCUUUUGUCAUCUGUGGCUCUGAGUGGUACUAAUCAUGAACAUGACCAGCCAGCACAUUUAACCUUAAAGGACGACAGUGUUCCUAUAAAUAGAAAUCUGUCAAUAUAUGAUGGGCCAGAGCAGCGAUUCUGCCCUGCAGGAGUUUAUGAAUUUGUACCUUUGGAACAAGGUGAUGGAUUUCGGUUACAGAUAAAUGCUCAGAACUGCGUGCACUGUAAAACAUGUGAUAUUAAAGACCCAAGUCAAAAUAUUAACUGGGUGGUACCCGAAGGUGGUGGAGGACCUGCUUACAAUGGAAUGUAAACUGCAACUGAUUGCAUUUGCAGGCACGUUUGAUAGUUUCUUUAAAAUGUAUGACAAGCUAACUUUAAAGUUUAGAAGUCAACAGCUGUCAAAAUAUUUUACUGUGUAUUACUGAUCAGAAUGUUCAUAAAAUUACCAAUGAAAUAAAAAUUUUAUACUUAUA